GAGUGAGUGAGUGAGUGAGAGAGGGCAUGUCCAGUGAUGAGUGAGAAGUGUGGUGUCCAUCUUCUUUGUGGGAAUACACAGCUGUAUCCGUACGAAUACUCCCAUAGCAAAGGCCCCAAUAUCUACACACCCUCUCCCACCCUCCCCGAAUCCGUCCCAUCCCAUCCGUCCCCCAUCGUCGUCACUCGUCCUCGGACAUUGAUUGCAUUACAGCUCACACUGCAACUUACUCAUCUUCCUCUCUCUUUCUCUGCCUCUCUCAUCCUCACUCUCUUACAUACCCUCACACACACUCUCUCCAUCUCUAAUCCUCUUGCAAAGGAGGCGCAGGUCGUAGCAGGACAAUAUCUUGGCUUUCUAGUAUCACCGUCUGUGCCUCGAUUCUUGCCAGCCUUCUUCACAAUCCUUUUGGUUUCUGUUCAUUCGUCUCUUAUUCGGCUUAUACCCCCUCGGCGCAGCCACCGGUACCUCUCACUCAACCCACCCAUCGACGCAGCAUCACUCUGCGACGAAAGAAACACUUGGGUUGGAAACUUGUGGCCCUUGCACCGGCGCAUUCCCGACGAACCGACUUGUUUGGAACCGGAUGCUACGACGAAGCAACCCUCGACACUCGCAGCAGAUCCUCCAUGUUUCGCGCGCUACGUCACUGUCACCAGGUUCGCACACUGAAGCAAGAAGGAGAAAGGCAACAACAGCAACAGCAGUAAUUCCACCGCUGCACAACGAAACACAAGAGUUAAAUUGUUGCGUCACCAGAUACCACCAAUAGCAGGGCCAUAUCACAGACCAGCAACACAUCAGAGAGCAAACACCAAGGAGUAACGAGACCCCCAAGCACCCACGACUUCGUCCCAUCGUCGGCGCAUCCAAGUGAAUCACCGUUGCGCAACAGCAAAGGCAACAACAACCACUUCACACUCCAGACGACAACGUUGGACAAAGGUGCACCGCCCACGCAGGGACCGCGACUCGGAAACGCCGUCCCAUUAUCACCGCCCACCAAACGAAC